GCCCCUGGAACUAUAUUGUAUCAUCCCAAGAUGGUGGCGCACAGGCCAAAAAUUUCCCUCCCAAUGUUGAUUUGUUGAUUUUCUGUAUGUUUUAGCCCCUCUCCUCCAUGUCUAGGAGAUGACAACGUUGUGGAGAAGUUUGGCGUGCCCUUUGUGUCAAAGGAUCCGACUCAUCUCCCACAAUGUGGGAUAUUUGGCGCCAUUCGCUAGCAGACGACAUGCAAGCUCAAAGUCACCUGAGAACCAUGCUGGACAGAUUGACAUGUCACAGUUUCCAGUGGAGAACAUCAGGAAUUUCAGUAUCAUAGCACACGUGGACCACGGCAAGAGCACACUGGCUGACAGACUACUGGAGAUCACAGGAACCAUCUCCCAGGAGGCAUCGAACAAGCAGGUGUUAGACAAGCUGCAGGUGGAGAGGGAGCGGGGCAUCACGGUGAAGGCACAGACAGCGUCCAUGGUCCAUCAGUACCAGGGCAAAACCUACCUGCUCAACCUGAUCGACACACCGGGUCAUGUAGAUUUUAACUAUGAGGUGUCCAGGUCCCUGGCUGCCUGUCAGGGAGUGCUGCUAUUGGUGGAUGCUAAUCAGGGAGUACAGGCCCAAACUGUUGCAAACUUUUACCUGGCGUUUGAGGCAGAGUUAGCCAUCAUACCAGUCAUUAACAAGAUAGAUCUUAAACAGGCGGAUGUAGAGUCCACUGAAGAACAGAUGAGACGACUCUUUGAUUUUAAAAAUGAGGAUUUAUUUAAGAUAUCAGCCAAACUAGGGAUAAAUUGUGAAGAAAUUCUGGAUGCAGUGAUCCAGAGAAUACCACCGCCUAAGUCUGAUCCCAGCAAACCCUGGAAGGCCCUCCUGUUUGACUCCACGUACAACCACUUCCGCGGGGCUGUGACCAACGUGGCUGUUAUAGAUGGGAAGGUGCAGCAGGGGGACAAGAUCAGCUCUGCCCACAACAGCAAGGUGUACGAGGUGCAGGAACUGGGGAUCAUGAGCCCGGACUACCAGUCUACUCAGGAACUACAUGCUGGACAGGUAGGUUACCUGAUAGCUGGGAUGAAGUCUAUCCAGGAGGCCAGGAUAGGCGACACCUUACACCUGUCCUCCUCACCUGUGGAACCACUCCCUGGCUUCAAACCUGCCAAACCCAUGGUGUUUGGUGGAAUCUUCCCCAUGGAGCAGUCAGAAUACCGUGACCUAAAGGUUGCUGUGGACAGGUUGACCUUAAAUGACUCCAGUGUAACUGUGGCUAAGGACAGCAGCCCUGCCCUGGGCCUGGGGUUCAGGCUAGGCUUCCUGGGGCUGCUGCACAUGGAGGUCUUCAACCAGAGACUGGAGCAGGAGUACAACGCUACUGCCAUAGUCACAACCCCAAGUGUUCCAUGUAAAGCUCGUCUGAGCAGUGAGAAACUCAUCAAACAGUACAAGACAGACGAGAUCACCAUCUUCAGUCCAGCAGAGUUCCCAGAGAAGAGAGAUGUCACAGAGUACCUGGAGCCUAUCGUCAUGGGAACCAUCAUCACACCAGACGUUCACCUCAACAAGAUAUUCAGCCUCUGUGAGGCCAAAAGAGGAGAACAGGUGGAUUUUACCUACAUUGAUGCGUCACGAGUGCUGCUGAAGUACAAGCUGCCACUCAACGAGAUUGUGGUGGACUUUUACGACCUUCUCAAGUCCAUCACUUCAGGCUAUGCAAGUUUUGAUUACGAGGAUCACAGCUAUGAACCAUCAGAUCUGGUCAAGCUGGAUGUCCUUCUCAAUGGUCAAGUCAUCAAUGAACUGUCCACCAUUGUGCACAAAGACAAGGCCUACCCAGUGGGGAAGACUCUUGCCUCUAAACUGAAGGAUGUCAUCCCCAGACAGCUGUAUGAGGUCGUCAUUCAGGCAGCCUUGGGAAACAAAGUCAUAGCCAGGGAAACGAUAAGGGCCUAUAAGAAGAAUGUGUUGGCAAAAUGUUACGGCGGAGACAUCUCCAGAAAGAUGAAACUUCUUAAGAGGCAGGCGGAAGGAAAGAAGAGGAUGAAGAAAAUUGGAAAUGUGGAUAUUCCAAAAGAUGCUUUCAUAUCUGUACUAAAAAGAUGACACCACUUGAUAUAGAUGUAGGAUACACUGCCUGAAUAUUCUUCACUGGGUCCAUUCAGACAAAGGCUUUGUUGUUCCUGAGAUGAAUUUUAUUGAUUUCAUUGUUAAUUUAAAAGUGCACCAUAUUGCAACAUGCAGUGCUGUAAUAUAUACAUGGAGCAUUAUCAGUAAAAGAUUUACACUAAACCAAGACAUUUCAAGGAGCCAUUAAGGCACAAGUAAAACUUCAUAUGCUGCCUGCUAUAGUAUAGUUAGAAGUAAAAAAUAUACAUAAUG